AUGUCCGACACCAAGGACCUCUCCCUCGGGGAGAAGACCCAUCAUGACCCUUCAGGGUUCAGCAGCUCCGACAAAGGCGCCGAGGCCGGCCGCGUCUCUUACGACGUCAGUCCGCACUCCCCCACGACCGUUGUUCCUGUCCCGCUUCCCGAGGGCAUGACCGAGGCGGCUCUCGUGCGCAAGAUCGACCGACACAUUAUCCCCUUCAUCAUCUUCCUGUACCUCUUGGCCUUUUUGGACCGCGUCAACAUAGGAAACGCCCGCUCCUUCGGCCUCGAGUCCGAUCUCAAGCUGGAGAAGGUCGAAUACAACACGGCUCUGACCAUCUUCUUCGUGCCCUACAUUAUCCUCGAGAUCCCCGGCAACAUCCUGCUCAAGAAGUUCUCGCCCCGCGUCUGGCUGUCCGUCUGCUGCGUCGGUUUCGGUCUCGUCUCCAUCUUCCAGGGUCUCGUCAAGAACUACGGCGGCCUGCUCGCCACCCGUUUCUUCCUCGGCCGCGCCGACGCGCAGAAGCGGUACUCGCUCUUCUUCUCCUCCACCUCGCUCGCGGGUGCCUUCGGCGGUCUCCUGGCCUCUGCCAUCGGCAAGAUGGACCACCUCCAAGGCUACCGCGGCUGGCGCUGGAUCUUCAUCGUCGAGGGUGUCGUCACCGUCGUGGCGGGUAUCGUCUUCUUCUUCACCUUCCCCGCCUUCCCCGAGCAGGCCCGCUUCCUCAAGCCCGCCGAGCGCGAGUACGUCCAGGCGAUGCUGCAGGCUGACCACGGCCACUCGGCGGCCGAGCGCAAGAUCACCCUCAAAGACGUGGGCAAGGCGCUCACCGACCACCGCAUCUGGCUCGGCGGCUUCAUGUAUCUCGGUUUGAUCGUGCCCGCUUAUUCCUACGCUUACUUCUCGCCCACCAUCAUCGGCACCUAUAACUACAGCGCCAUCCAGACACAGCUGCACUCGGUCCCGCCCUGGGCCGCCGCCUUCGGCUUCGCCAUGGUCACCGCCGUCGCCUCGGACUACCUGCGCCACCGCUUCAUGUUUGCGAUCCUCGGCAUCGUGGUGGCGAUCGUCGGUUUCGCUGUGCUCAUGACUGUGCACGACCCGGCGCACGUCAACGCGCAAUACGGCGCUUUGUUCCUGGUCGCCAUGGGCGCGUACUCAGCCAUGCCCAUCAUCGUGUGCUGGUUCAACAUGAACCUGGGCGGCCACCACCGGAAGGCCAUCGGCACGGCGUGGCAGAUUGCUUUUGGCAACAUUGGCGGCAUCAUUGCCACGUACAGCUUUGUGGCCAGCGACGCCAAGAACCACUACCGCACGGGGUACGCGAUCUGCGUGAGCUUUACGUGCUUGAGCGCGCUGGCGUGCUUGAUGUAUGCGAUUAGCGUGACGAUGGAGAAUAAGAGAAGGGCCAAGAUGCAGGGGGAUGGCGGACUGACGGAGGAGGAGAAGGCGGAUUUGGGGGAUCUGAAUCCCGAGUUUAGGUAUAUGUUGUGA